AUGAACCCGAUCUCUUUGAUUUUCCACCUUCAGCAUUACAGGUUACCUAAUCCCUUUUAUGCAGAGAACAACGGUGGAUUCCGAUAUAUGCUCUACGCCGCCACGCUCGACCGGACCGACUGGAUCGGCUUAGGCGAGACCACAGCCAGUCCGACUUCUCCGUCACUGCUGUCGAUAGGUUCGUAUGCCUCGUUGCCAAACCCUCUCAGGCAGCACGUUCCGCAUGAAAAUGACUUCCUCGACAUUGUCCAUGGCUCUCGAGAACGGGACAUUGGGCAGGUUGUCUUACAGGCACCCGAGAUCGAAACCCGUGACGAGCACAUGUCGUGUCGAACGCGAGCCUCUGAGGAAUAUAGGGUGGAGGAUGAUGAUGAUGAUGUGCCAACUAUGAGUGGGAACAAUGACACGUUCUUUGCAACUGUGGUUGGUGUAACAUAUCAUGUGAAUUCGUUUUUGGAAUUAAAUCUUUUGAGGCCGUUGCUUAGGGCUUGUGAAGCACGUUGUUGCCUUUAUUUUAACAACUUUGAAGAGGCUUUUUUUCGGACAAAGAAUAGGUUAGCUAUGAGGGUCUUAAUCCUCACUCCAACAAGGGAGUUGGUUUUUCAGGUUGCACUUGAGCCGUAGCGUGUACCUAUCGAGUGCAUCUUGGAUGUCGUAUGAAAGGCGUUGGACUUCUUUGAGCCAUUCCUAGAGGUUGUUUUUGUUUUUUAUUUUCUAUUGUAGUGAAAUAUUGGAGUUACAUUGUGCCAUGGGCCAUGGGUGAAUAAGUACUUUCAUAGGUUGUUCUGUAUUUAUCUCAACUUCUUGGUCCAAUUAACAUGCACUUUCUUUGAAAUUUUAUAAAAAAAAAUUGUAUCCAAUUCAAUCGUUUAUA